AUGUCACGAGCUUCCAAGCUGACCCUUUUCGGCACCUCUCUCUUCGCUGCUAGCACCAUUGUCUUUGUUCAUUUCCAACAAAAAUCUGAGCAGCAGGCCAUGCACCAGGGUGUUGUCCGCGACCUGGAGCAGCAGCGAGUCAAGCGCGAACGUCAACUCGAUUUCGCCAUGCAAAAGGCAUUGGAAGAAGAAUACAAGCGUGAACAAAAUGUACAUAGCUCAUUGGAGCCUCCGCUACGAAGCGAAGGCAAUGGGACGAACAAGCCAUAG